AUGACCGCGGGUUCGAACGUCGACUUGGAGCCGGAGUCGGAGGAGGAAGAGGUUCUGCCUCCUGAAGGAAAGGAUGGAGAGGCUGCUGGCGUGGAGCCGCCCGCGGAGCCCGCAGAACAGGGAGAAGUUGAAGGAGAGCCGGCGGCUCUGGGGGAGCCGGCGGCCACUCCAGAUGAGCUUAUGCCCGAGGAGCAAACCCCAGCGGCCUCAGAGCGAGAGCGGCCGAUAGAGCUGGGAGAUUCUUUCCUGGACGGUCCAAAUGGCCACUUGCGGGCGGAGCUGACGAUUGGCGCCUUAACCGUGGACGCCCCAGUUCCCCUGCUGGUGGAGGCGGAUGCGCUCGACGUCACCCAAGAGCCCAUGGAAAUCGAAUACGACGACGAGGUCUUGCAACUAGGCGAGCUCACGGAUCCCUGGAUCCUCCCGGACUAUGCCGAGCAGGCAGUCGCGAUUCUUUUGCACCCUUUUGUAGCAGCGAGUGCAAGUUGA